AUGCAAGCCGCCGACAGCAAGAAGGAGGACGAAACUGCCAGCGACCAUCGACAUCUGCCCGAAGCUCUCGUUGACCAUACGACCCAGCAGCGGUGGCUCUCGCGCUCGCCCCAUCCCUACCACCGCAACAGCACGACGUUACUGCACGCGUCGGACCGCCUGGCGUCUCUGUCGCCGUCGCGAGCACUGCGGCCUCGAUCGCAAUCCGAAUCGCAAUCGCAAUCGCACUUCCGAACACAAUCACAACCACAUGUCCGAUCACGGCCACAUUCGCGGUCACGAUCCCCGGCCCAUCCGGAGAACGCACCACCAUCCUACCGUUAUGCUCGACAGCUAGUAUUGUCGACGCCGGCCAGCGACAGCGGGUCCGAGGCGGACGACGAGCAUUUUCUAAAGGGUUUACCGGCACCCAAAGCCCGGCCACACAAGGGUCUGCGCGGCAUGAACGAGUCGUGGCUGUCGUCCUCGGGACUGUCGACGCCGCUGCUGUCCCCGGCACUGCUGCGAGGCGACACGGGAUGCAGUGAUGGUGGUAACAACCAGGAUCGUCGCCGACUACGUCAGCCUCUCGUCCACUCCGAAUUGGCCGACAUCCCAGCACAUCUGCCAGGUCGGGACAGUGCUGUUCGCAGCCGUCGAGGCCGCGAGAUUGUGCGCCGGUCCACGGAGUUACUGCUGCUGGUCGUGCUCGGCAGCCUGCUGUGCUCGCACCCAGACGCCCGGCCACUGAUUGUGCGGUGGCGACGGGAGCUGCGAGCGACGCUGGCCGUUGUGGUUGGGCUGUGCGCCGUGUAUCCACUGCGGGUUGCUGUCUGGACGUAUCGCGAGCGACAGCAGCGACAAGGACGUGGAGACACGUCUGCCGAUUCUGCCGAUGCUCGGCGCCCACUUCUCUACGUGCCGGCCUCGUUCGACCCGGCACCACUGCUCUACCCGCUCGCCAUUCCCGUGUUCGUGUCGCUGCUCCUGGCCACGCCGACGCUGGCGACUGCGCCGCUGCUGAACCUCAGCCUCGCCCUAUGCACCAUUCCGCGGCCGCUGGUGCCACUGGCCCUGCGCGGCGAGCUGUGCGCGUCCGUCCAGUGGGUGCUGUCUUGCGUGCCGAUGAUGGUGGCGCAACGGCAGCAGCAACAACAGCAAAACAUCCUUUCAGCGGAAACAGCAACGCUGCUCUACCCGCUGCACCAGAACCUCUGCUGGCUGCUGCAGGCGCUGACGACGACUAGCCUGCUGCCGGCAGAGCUGCAGCUACUGUCGACGGGCCUCAUCAACCUGCUGCUGCUGGCGGCGUCGCCGCAGGCGGUGAUUCUGCAAGCAGUGCUUUGGGGUGGUGGGCUCGGGCUGCUGGCCACAUGCAGCAUGGUGAUUCGCUGGGGCGUGACGUUGGCCCGCGUACCGCGAUGGCGAUUCCGGCGCGAGAUGAGCGGUAGUGGUGGUGGUGGCAGUAGCAACUCCGGGGUGGCAACAGCAGGAGGAUGGCCGCUGAUCUCGCCAAUGUUGGUGCUGGUGCGCUGGAUCAUGGCCGAGCUGGCAGUGACACGCCGCGCCCGUCUGGAAAUGAUGUUUGGGCCAGGCCCCGUGGACGACGAACUGGACGACGGCACAAACUCGGACGACUACAAGUUCUCGCAGGACGCGGCCAUGCUUUCCUCGGCAGCGGCGCUGCAGCUGUCGGACUCGGAUGGCGGCAAAGUGCGAUUGAAACGAAAGCGACGCAGAGAGCUGCCAGCCGAGAAGGGCAGCAGCCUCCACACGGCAGCAGCUACAGCCAUCGGGCUGCCGACCAAGACGCACACGCCUUCGGGGCGGCCGAAGCGGGCGAUGUCAUCGAGUGUGCGGGCGUACUUCUCGUUGACGCAGGCACAAGCAGGCCGGCGCCGGUGGCUGUACGCCGGCUACGUGUACGGCUGCAUCGUGGCGAUGAUCCUAGGGCCGAUUCGAUUGUACGUGAGCGAGCGGGCACUGCAGGGCCACGAGGCAGUCGGCUGGGCGAUGGGCUACCUGUUGGGCGAUGUGGACGGCUUCCGGUUGGAGGUGGUCAAGGCAGGCCUCGAGUACUGGGUAUGUCUGCCGACACGGACGCUGUCUUCGGCCUGUCAUCGCGGCUGGGUCGAGCAGGUGCGGCUAGGAUGGCUGGGAGCAGCGGGCACGCGGCUGGUGCUGCUGGGCUACUGGCUGGGGAUUCUGGUGGUAGGCCUGGCGGUGGUGUUGCGACUGUCGCCGGUAUACGAGGUGGACACGCGGCGCAAGGUGUUCCACUUCAUGAUGGUGGCGAUGCUAUUGCCAGCGACGUUUGUGGACCCGGCAUACGUGGCGCUGGCGCUGGCGCUGGUGCUGGCGGUGUUUCUGCUGCUAGACCUGCUGCGGGCGAGCCAGCUGCCGCCGUUGUCGCGGCCGAUCGCGACCUUCCUGACGCCUUACGUGGACGGCCGGGACUUGAGGGGGCCGGUGGUGAUCUCGCACAUCUUUUUGCUGAUCGGCUGUGCCAUUCCGCUGUGGCUGUCGCUGGGCAGCUUGGGAAGGGUGGGAGGAGGGGGAAACAGGGACGCGAAAGACUGCUCGACCGGUUGGGAGCUGCCGACGCGCGACGUCAGCAUGGUGGCCGGUGUGGUGUGUGUGGGCCUGGGAGAUGCGGCGGCAUCGCUGAUCGGAAGGCGUUGGGGCCGGCGCAAAUGGCUCUGGGGCGGUGGCAAGAGCCUCGAAGGCAGCGUGGCCUUUGCGACAGCCGUGUUUGCCGGUCUGAUGGUGGCCAGCUUCUGGCUGCGGCUUGGGCGGUGGCCAGUAACAGGAGAGGAGGGAAGGGGAGGAGGUCCGGGAGGAGGUCCUCUGGUCCUCUCGCUGCGCACAUUGCGAGCAGUCUGGUCACGGUCGUUGGAAGCGGUGCCGCGUGCAGGCAUGUGCGCUUCGGUGGCGAGCCUGACAGAAGCCGUGCUGACAGGAGGCAACGACAACGUGGUGGUGCCGGUGAUCCUGUGGACGUGUGUCAAGAGUGUUGGGUUGUAG